AUGAAUAGCCAACAACUAAAUUCUUUUUUAAGGCGAGCAAAUUAUGAUAGAAUUACUGUCCCCGAUAUGAAUUAUGUGCGGCGCCUUAUUACUCAAGCGUUACCCGGCAGAAUUUAUCGUAGAAUGACGGGUAUAAAAUUAUUGAAAAGAAAUGUGAUCCUUGAAGCCAAUAGAUUACGGAUUAUUCAACGACAUAUAAUUAAUCUAGCGACGAACCAUUUUUGGCAGCUUUUGCCAAUUUCUCAGCGAAAUCAAUUCACAACUUUAGCAAAUCGUGUAAAUAGCAUGAAUCCAAACUAUACGUCUCGUAGGGAUACACUUUAUAGGAUUUCUCAAAUACCCGAACAACAGGAAACCAAUAAUGAAUUUGAGGACAUGUUUUUUCACGGAUCAAGUUUUCUUUGA